AUGUCUUCAGAUGUAAAUUCUAAACUUCGUCAUUCCAAAGAUGUUAUAGUUCGAAGUUCUAAUACAUUUCCUUCGGAUGAUAUUUCUUAUAGACCAAAUCAAUUUUUACUCGAGCCAAAACUUACUGUGCAAGACAACCACAAACCUCAAUUUAUAAAUUGUUCAAAAUACCAACCUUCCGUAAAGGAAGAAGAACCUGUUGGAACGUUUGUGUUUCAAGUAAAAGCCAUAGAUAAAGAUCCGAUCGAAAAUGGCGGUAAAAUUAGUUACACGUUUGUUUCGUCUCCUGGAGAGAGACUUAGAUUUACUAUAGAAUCCGACACCGGAAUCAUCCGCACACAAUAUGUUUUUGAUAGAGAUGAACCCACGAGAGAAAAAGAAGUUUAUUUAAAUGUCAGAGCAACUGAUAAUGGACAUCCACAAUUGGACGACGUUUGUUUAAUAAAAGUUACUAUAGAAGAUAUAAAUGAUAAUUCACCUUUCUUCGAUAAAGCUAAUUAUAUGGAGUCAGUACCUCAAGACCUUCAAGUGGGAAAUGAAGUUAUGAGAAUAUCCGCCACUGACAUCGACAAUGGAAAUAAUAGUUUGGUUUAUUAUGAAUUGGAAGCUAAAUUUCGAGAAGACGAAGGCUAUUUUAAAAUAGACAACACCAGUGGAUAUAUAUACUUAAAUAAAAGCAUUAAUAGGGAUCCGAAUUAUAAAUUUAGAAUGAUGGCGAAAGCAACAGAUCGUGGAGACAAACCAUUAAGUGCUAGCAUUGAUUUAGAAAUAACAGUUGUUGAAUCCCAUAAAAAGGCGCCUACUUUUAAAGAAAUUUUAUAUCCGGAUAUUAGUAUCAAUGAAAAUAGUUCAGAUUUUACAACGCCUAUUGUUAUAAUAACAGCCGAGUCCAACAUUCCAGAAGAAAAUGAAUUACUGUUUGAAUUAGUUUCUGGUCGGACGGAGCAAACUAAUAAGGGAAACACUUUCGUUUUAGCUGUUGAGGGCGAACAGGCCCAGAUAAAACUCGGAGGUUAUUUAGAUUACGAAAGUGUCACUGAAUAUAUUUUAACAUUACGUGUUCAAAACAAAUAUAAUCUUGCUUCGGAAACUCAAAUUAUGAUUCACGUAGAAGAUGUUAAUGACAAUAUUCCGGCAUUUACUGAAGUAUUUUCCGGAUCUGUACUGGAAAAAGAACCCGCUGGAACGCCCGUAAUGCAAGUUCGAGCUAUUGAUGCUGAUGGAACAUCUGCUCACAACCAAGUAACUUAUGUUUUGGCGGAUCAUACAAAUUUAUUUUCUAUUGAUCCGAAUACAGGGAAUAUAACGACUCUGGUCGUUUUCGACAGAGAGCAAAAGGAUUUUUAUAAUGUUAAAGUCAUUGCUACCGAUAACUCUCCUUCGGCUUUGUAUUCAACGGGAAAACAUAACAAAGGUGAACAGGUGUUUCGCAUAGAAAUAGCAGAUAAAAAUGACAAUCCUCCCAGGUUUACCCAAAAAAUAUAUAGGGCAACUGGUAUCAGAGAAGACGCCAACAUUUAUUCUUUGGUAGCGCAAGUUAAAGCCGUAGAUAAUGAUACCUCUUCUUCAGUAACGUAUGAAAUAAUCGGAGGAAAUACUUACGAUGCAUUUUUCAUUCAAGAAAAUACCGGAAAAAUCAAGAUAAAAAAUCUUUUGGAUUAUGAAAACAUAACUCGAUAUAAUCUUUCUGUGAGAGCCUUCGAUGGUGCGUAUGCGGACAAUGCUUUUGUAGAAAUCGAAAUCGAAAACGUCAACGACAAUCCCCCCGUUUUUUAUUACUAUCUCAAUAAUAUCACGAUACCUGAGGAAAUGUUGGUCAAAGGUUGCAUCACGAAUAUAACAGCCUAUGAUCCGGAUAUUCCCGAUAGAAAUGCUCCACAGCACAUUGCUUAUUUUGUUGUAAAAGAAGAUCAGAAAAAAUUACUUACCAUCGAUAAAAAUGGGUGUUUAUCUUUGAUAAAGCCUUUGGAUAGAGAUCCUCCCAAUGGGUUUCCUAUAUGGCAAGUGAUAAUAGCAGCCUCUGAUGAAGAUGGAAAUAGUAAAACUAGUCUUCGGGAAAGUACGGAAGUCAUAAUUGUUCUCACGGAUAUAAAUGAUAAUGCGCCGUUCUUGGAUUCAAAGAUAAAUCCAGUGUAUUGGAAAGAAAAUACUCCUCCUGGCACUAUUGCUUCAUUAGCAGCUAAAGAUUUGGACAGUGAAGAAAAUGGUCCACCUUUUACUUUUCGAAUAGAUGUUUCUGCUUCAGAUGAUAUUAAAACUAAAUUUGCCAUAAGUGGCUCUUCAUUGGAAGCCCUUAAAACUUUAGACAGAGAAGAACAAAAACAGUACUUUAUACCAAUAGCAAUUUCCGAUUCUGGAAAUCCUUCACAAACUGGUACAAGUACUGUAACUUUGAUAGUGAGCGAUGAAAACGAUAAUCCAAUGAAGAGAGGAGAGAGUAGAAUUUUCGUUUACAAUUACAGGGGAGAAGCUCCGGACACACCCAUCGGAAGAGUUUACGUAGAAGAUCCAGACGAUUGGGAUCUUCCAGAUAAAACUUUUUCCUGGGCUCAAACCGAGCACCCUAAUUUUCUUUUGAAUGAAGAUACCGGUAUGAUAACUAUGAAAGAAGGCACAAAUAAUGCUACGUUUACAUUAAAUUUUAUAGUCACCGAAGAAUCUAGUUUUGUGACCCGUCAUUCAGUCGAUGCAGUUGUUAAUGUAACUGUUAAAGAAAUUCCUGAAGAAGCGGUGGAUAGUUCUGGUUCUAUUAGGUUCGCGGGUAUAACUGCUGAAGAAUUCGUCACACCUGUGAAUGGUUUUAGUAAAAGGGAUUUGUUACAAAACCGUUUGGCUAAAAUUUUAAAUGUCAGUGUUGAAAAUGUGGACGUAUUUACUGUUCUUCACUCUCAUCACAACGCGAAUCGUUCACUUUUGGAUGUUCGUUUUUCCGCUCAUGGUUCCCCUUAUUAUCAUCCUGAAAAAUUGAAUUUUAUGGCGUCGAAAUUUCAGGAACAGUUGGAAAACGAAUUAAAUCUUGAUAUUGUGAUGAUAAACAUUGAUGAAUGCCUUUAUGAAAAAACUUCUUGCGAAACAUCUUGCGUCAAUUUUUUGAAUAAAAGCAAAAUCCCUCAUGCUGUUUACACCAACACGAGCUCAUUUGUUGGCAUCGGAGCCGUUGUUGAUCCUCUUUGCACUUGUGUUAUUUUAGAGCGUUUAAUAUGUCUUAAUGGUGGUACUCCAUUGGAAAAUAGUUGCGUUUGCCCCGAAGGUUUUGAAGGGCCCCGGUGUGAGCUUAUUAAUAUUGGAUUUUACGGAAAUGGAUGGGCUCUUUACCCACCUUUUGAUGCUUGUGAAGAAUCGAAAUUGUCUCUAGAUAUUAGACCAGAAAGAGGGGAUGGACUUGUAUUUUAUAUAGGUCCCUUAAAAAAAUCAAACACUUUGGGAGUUCAAGAUUUUAUGGCACUUGAAAUUCAAAAUGGAUAUCCUCGACUUCUUGUCGAUUAUGGUUCUGGCACCGUUCAAGCCAAUCACACAGAAAUAAAAUUAACUGAUGGAGCUUUGCAUCAUAUUGAUAUUAUAUGGACAAACGUCAGUAUUGAACUACAAGUGGAUAAUUGUCGAAAAUCUUCAUGUUUAAGUCUGACUGCACCAUUAGGAAAAAAUGAAUAUUUAAAUGUGAACGGACCCCUUCAACUAGGAGGGUCUGCCGUAGUUUUAAACGAAAUUGCUGAUUCAAUGAAUUGGAAUUUUAAACCCAUGUCUACGGGUUUUGCCGGUUGUAUUAGUAAUCUUACAUUUAACGGAAAGACUUAUAAUUUAGGAAUGCCUGGACUAUCGAAAAAUGUAGAUAUAGGUUGUAGCAAAGGAUUAGCAACUGCUUAUUCAUUUGGAAUCGAUACAAAUUUUAUAGUUGCCAUUCUUGUAUGCAUAGCUAUAUUACUACUAUUAUUAUUGGCUGUUGUGGUACAAAGAAGAAAAACGGAUGAUUUAUACAAAGAUGCUGACGACAUAAGAGAAAACAUAAUUAAUUAUGAAGACGAAGGUGGUGGUGAAGGUGACAUGACCGGCUACGAUCUCAACGUAUUACGUCUAAUGUACGACAACGACGGCCAACAAAUCACCGAAAAGACUCCUAUAAAAGACUGUUUGCAGGGAAAAGGUCUUAAUGAAGUUCCUGAUAUAUGUGGAUUUUUGGAUGGUAAGAAAAAAUCUGUCGAUAACGAUCCGGAAACGAAUCCGUUCGACGAUGUUCGCCAUUACAUGUAUGAAGGAGACGGGAACAGCAUAGGAUCAUUAUCCUCUCUGGCUUCUUGCACAGACGAAGAGGAUUUGGAUUUUGAUUAUUUGUCAAAUUUCGGUCCGAGGUUCCGUAAACUUGCUGACAUGUACGGUGAGCAACCGAGUGACAACGAAAGUGAUCAUUACACAGGACCAGCAUCCGAAUCGUGGUGUUGA